GGGUACCUCAUGUGACAAGCCCAGUAUCUUUUUAAAGUCAAUUUAACGGAGGUCUCUUUGCUGCCUUCAAACCUUUGGAGGGGGCUCGUCUUCAGGCAUGCUUACUAUGGGAGCACCUGCCAGUUCUAUCAUGAAAUGGCUGGUGUGGGGACUCCUGGCGAGCUCCUAUGCAGUAGCCCAGGUACAGAAUGAUCCCACUCUGGAUCAUCACUGGAAUCUUUGGAAGAAAACCUAUGGCAGACAAUACCAGGAAAAGAAUGAGGAAGUAGCAAGGCGUCUUAUCUGGGAAAAGAAUCUAAAGUCUGUGAUGCUUCACAAUCUGGAAUACUCAAUGGGAAUGCAUUCAUAUGAUCUAGGCAUGAACCAUCUGGCAGACAUGACCAGUGAAGAAGUGUCAUCUUUGAUGAGUUCCCUGAGAGUUCCCAGCCAAUGGCAGGCAAAUGUCACUUACAAGUCAAAUUCUAAUCAGAAAUUGCCUGAUUCUGUGGACUGGAGAGAGAAGGGGUGUGUUACUGAAGUGAAAUACCAGGGUGCUUGUGGUGCUUGUUGGGCAUUCAGUGCUGUGGGGGCCCUGGAAGCACAGCUGAAGCUGAAAACAGGAAAUCUGGUGUCUCUGAGUGCACAGAACCUGGUAGAUUGCUCAACUGAAAGAUAUGGAAAUAAAGGCUGCAAUGGUGGCUUCAUGACAGAGGCUUUCCAGUAUAUCAUUGAUAACAACGGCAUCGAUUCGGAAGUUUCCUAUCCUUACAAAGCCAUGGAUGGAAACUGCAGGUAUGACUCAAAACAUCGAGCUGCUACAUGUUCAAAGUAUACUGAACUUCCCUUUGGCAGUGAAGAUGCCUUGAAAGAAGCUGUGGCCAAUAAAGGACCUGUGUCUGUUGCUAUUGAUGCGAAACACUCUUCUUUCUUCCUGUAUAAAAGUGGUGUCUACUACGACCCAUCCUGUACUCAGAAUGUGAAUCAUGGUGUAUUAGUGGUUGGCUAUGGUAACCUUAAUGGAAGAGACUACUGGCUCGUGAAAAACAGCUGGGGCCUCAACUUUGGUGAGCAAGGAUAUAUUCGGAUGGCAAGAAACAGUGGAAAUCACUGUGGGAUUGCUAGUUAUCCCUCUUACCCAGAAAUCUAGAGGAUCUCUUCAUUUCAUAACAAGUCCAUAAAAUAUAACACUUUUUCUUAACUUAAUUUUACCUGCUAUAACCUGUAGAAAUAAGUGUGUCAUGAUCAACGUACAUUUACUGUAUGAAUAGAAUAUGUAGUUUGACUAUUUUUUUAGCUUUGCAGAUAUUGGAAAAAUUUUGCUACAUAAACUAAUAAUGUACUGUCUGGGUGCGCCUGGGUGGCUCAGUGGGUUAAAGCCUCUG